AUGGAAAGACAGGUCUCUACUCGUGCAGCCGGGAAAGGUCCUAGACCAGGUAGGGUGGAGGUCGUCGAGGCGACGGUAGCAGCGGGACGCCGAGUAGUCAGGACUCCAGCAGGUAUUGCGAGCACCUGGACCAGUCAAGAUCCGGACCCUCUGGUCCCCACUAUCGGGAGUGCUGUAGCUGCUGUCGCUGCGGCUGACCCUGUUGCUGGUGCAGAUUUCAGCACACGCCAUGGGGACGAGGAGGCGACGGGAAAUGAAGAUGGGGAGGCAACGAGAAAAAAAAAUGGGGGGGGGGGAGGGAGACGGGGAGGCGACGGGAACCGGGGACGAAGAAGCGAUAUGCAACGGGGAGGGUACGUGACAGAGAGGGGAAGGGCCGGCAACGGGGGAGGCGACGGGGAAGGUGACGGGGAAGGCGACGGGGAUGGGACGCGACGGGGAGGCAAAGGGAAGGCCACGGGAAUACGACGCGACGGGGAGGCGACAGAGAGGCGACGGGGAGGCGAUGGAAAGGGAACGCGGCGGGGAGGCGACGGGGAGGGGACGCGGCGGGGAGGUGACGGGGAGGGGACACGGCGGGGAGGCGACGAGAAGGCGACGGGAAUGCGACGCGAUGGGGAGGCGACAGGGAGGGGAACGCGACGGGGAGCCUACGGGGAGGGGAUAAGACUGGAAGGUGACGUGGUGCUCCGGGCUACGGAGAGCUACGGGCGACGGGGCGCUUCGGGCUAG